AGUUCUUCGGUAUCGAGAAAGAUACAGGAAAAGUGUACGUGAAGAAGAACCUGACCGGAAGGUCAAAGUACGGAUUUGUUGCUCAGGCCACCGACGACGGGCUGCCAGAGGUCAACACGUUAGGAGUACAAGUUAAUAUUUUCGUGCGUGAAACAAACGACUUUCCCCCGGUGUUCAGCGAAGAGCGAUACAAAGGAUACGUUACAGAAAAAGAAAACACGGAUCGUGUGAUAGCAAAGGUGUCAGCCACUGACAGAGAUCUGCAAAAUAACACAGUAACCUACAAAAUAACCAGCGGAAAUGAAGACAGGAUCUUUUUAAUUGAAUCCCAAGAGGGAAACAUCCGAGUGAACAAAACAAUGGCUCACAAGCUCAACUACGACACAAAGAAGCAAUACAUUUUACUGGUCCAAGCCAAAGAUUCUCACAACAGUCCACAAUAUGGCUUAACUACUGUGACCAUUGACGUACUUGAUACUAACGACCACCCCCCUGUCUUCACGAAACCAGCUUUCUCUAUUGGCAUACCGGAGAACAAACCCGCUGGACAUUGCUUUUUAAAGGUGGAAGCAGACAGCGGCGAUACCGUUGAUAACGUAACGUACUCUCUAGGAACUAAAGACGUUCCGUUUACGGUAAAUCAAGUAUCCGGAGAGCUAUGUACAAAUCUCGUACUGGACCGAGAGCAGAAAGAAAAGUACGAAUUUAACGUGGUGGCUACGGACGGGAAAUUUGAAUCGGCAGUUGCGGUGACCCUAGAAGUGGAAGAUGAAAAUGACAACCCGCCGCAGUUCGAACGAGGUCGUUAUGCAAUCAGUAUACCUCAAGAAUCAAAAGCGGGAAGGUCCAUUGCUCAACUCCACGCCCGAGAUCCGGAUGCUGCCAACAAUGGAGAAGUGACCUACUGGAUUAAAAACACGUACGGUUUGUUCGAGAUUGACCCUCAAACUGGCCUGGUUAGGUUAGCAUCCGGCCUUCCGGAUCACGUCCAAAGAAAUACGUCAUUUGAAAUGGAGGUGUUUGCACAAGAUCACGGAAUCACCUCUAGCAUUAGUAAAACGACUUUGACUGUCCGCGUUUCGAAUGUGCGAAAUCACCCACCCGACUUUGAGCAGUUCGCUUACACCGUUGCGAUAGACGAGAACUUAAGCAACUUUCCGUUGCUGACUGUACAUGCUUCUGAUGUAGACUCCGGAGAAGCAGGAGAAAUCGGAUAUCGAAUCGUUCGCGCAACGAGACCGGAACCGUUUCGGAUAGACCAAAAAAGUGGAAAGAUUUCUCUAAUUUCUCCUUUAGACCGCGAGCAAGUGAAAUAUUUAGAGUUAGUUGUGGAAGCUCGAGACGAGGCACCAGAACCACAAUUUGUAACAACCGUAGUCCAGAUAACUGUGAACGACAUUAAUGACAACCCUCCAGUUUUUCUCUCCACACCAAAGUUCCUCCGAGUUCCUCUGUCCACAUCCCAAAGAGAAGUGAUAUACCAGGUGGAAGCCGUCGAUAAAGACAGUCCUUUUAACGGAAAUAACGUCAUCAAAUACGAAAUACUUCCGCCGAACCCAGUAUUUUCUAUUCAUCCUAAAACUGGACAAAUUUUUGCUUCUCAAGCCCUGUCCCUAGGAGUUCAUUCCCUAAACAUCAAAGCUUCGGACAGUGGAGAGGAGUCGCUCUCCAGCUUUAUUCAAUUAAACGUUGAGAUAUACAAGGACAGUAUUGACGAACCAACGCCAGUAUUUACCUCUGUCCAAUACGACGUUACAUUGGACGAUCUCUUGCAACCAGGAGAUUCAGUACUUCACGUACGAGCUACGACUCCCAACGGAGCUCCCUUUAGUUAUGGUGUUAAACAAGUUCAUAACGAACACAUCAAACGUUUCUCUAUCGAUCCCGAAACGGGACUAGUCACUGCUGCAACUAGACUGGAUCCUCAAGAAGAAGACCUCCACCACUUUUUAGUCACAGCGACCAGUAAAACUAAUUCUAGUCACUAUGUGGAAGCCGGGGUUAUCGUACGUUUAUCAGGUAGAAACACCCGGUGUCCGAAGUUUCCUUUCUCCGAAUACUACGCUACUGUUAAGGAAAACACCGCACCGGACUCCGCAAUUCUUCCUAACCUACAGGUGGAAGAGGCAGAAAAGUUUAGAAAGCUCUCGUACCUUAUAACAGAAGAUAAUUCAGAAGAACGUUUCUACAUCGACUACAAGAUCGCCUCCAGCGUAUCGCUUCGAGUAAAGAAACGGCUCGACAGAGACGGAAUGCCCUCUAUACUGCAGGGAGUGUAUACACUAACAGUAAGAAAAAUUAUCGAGCUGGCGUACCCUUAUACACACU